AGAAGAAGAAGAAGAAGAAGAAGAAGGAAGUAAACAUGGCGGCCGUGUCUCUGCGAUACUCUGCGACCUCACUGUUGUUGUUCAGCCGCAGGUUGUUGGUUCCGGCGCUAAAUCCCGUUUGUUCUUAUCACAAAAAGGUGGUGGAUCACUAUGAAAACCCGAGGAACGUGGGCUCUCUGGACAAGAAGUCAAAGAGCGUGGGGACCGGGUUGGUGGGGGCACCAGCCUGUGGUGAUGUAAUGAAGCUUCAGAUCCAGGUGGAUGAAAAUGGCAAGAUAGUGGACGCAAAAUUCAAGACGUUUGGCUGCGGAUCAGCAAUUGCCUCCAGUUCUAUUGCAACAGAAUGGGUGAAGGGGAAGUCGAUCGAUGAGGCUCUGAAGAUAAAGAACACAGACAUUGCCAAAGAACUCUGCCUUCCUCCAGUCAAGCUCCACUGCUCUAUGCUCGCAGAAGAUGCCAUAAGAGCAGCGCUGUCUGACUACAGACUAAAACAACAGGACAAGGAGGAGCCUCGUGUGAAGGCCAGCGGUUAAAGAACUGUUAUUAACCGUCCCAUGUGGCGGUAUCCCAUCGAUAUUUCAGCACCGGCCGGUGUCUCGCAGCAGAGAAGUGCUGUAUGGAAGAUGAGCUGCCAAUAUACUACAUCAGGUCUUGCUCCCCUCUGGGAUUUCUGGGAGUUUUAAAGCCUUGAACUCAAGCCUGGAUGUUCAAUUUUCAGGUGUUAACGGUGUUUAUUGAAUUCAUUUCAUCAUAUAAUCAGAAAUCACAAUAUUUGGGAAUAUUGUCUCCUAAUUUCUUGUGUUUUUCUACAAAAUAACUAAGGAGAUGCAUCAGAAACUGAAACUGAAGGUUCCUCUGUGUAUUUUUUGGCAUUUUGUCUUUAUUUUGGCUUGACUGUGUGAAACCUCUGCUCCCUCAUUGAUGGUUCAUAUCAAGAACUGAAGUACACUUACAAAACCAUGAUACAGAAUAUUGUAUGAGACUGUUCUUAUUGUGCAUUAAACAAAUUAAAAAACA